AUGAGAUUGCUCACUGAUUCUAUUUGCCGAGCUCUACACAAUCUUACAAAAUUGAAAGUAUUUAUAAUCUUAGCUUCUGCAUUUCUUUUCGAAACUGAAGUAAGAAAAGGUUAUGAAUUUUCAUUAAAGUAUUAUAUGUGUAAGAAAACAUUCGUCUAUUCUAACCAACGUUGUUAUUUCCGCAAACCAGGUAUGGGAGCUUCCUUAACAUCACCUUUACCCCAUCGACCGCCAACAAGUGUCUGCAAUCAUUUGUUUGUGGCAUCAGAUGCUCCACCAAUUUUUCGACAUCAUCCAUUGACAACGAUACAGGCCAAAAAGCAAUCGGUAUUUGCGGCAGGAUGGAAUUGGUCUAAAAAAGCUGCGCAACAGCUUCAAAUGCAAGCUCAAGCGCAAAAACAACGAAGUUCAACGGUAACAUCACGUUCCACCGAUUCUAUGCUACUAUUGGCUACAAAUCAAGCAGAAAAAUGCUCACGUGAGCUACCGUAUACUCAACUAUCCGUAACUUUAGAUAGUAAUCAAAAUUAUAAAAAGUAUGAACCAGCAGUAACAAAUCCGACGAAGAAUCGACGAAAUUCAUUAGUUAUCGUGGAUACGGCAACAGUUAUACCAAACUAUUACAGCAUCCGGAAAGAGAUAAAACGAGAAUUAAAACUUAGUAAACAGGAUUUUGUUAACAAUAAUUUAAUCAGUCCUAUUGGUCCGCAAGCAAAGACACCGUUGUCACCAACACAUCGUGCUCAGAAACAACCAUUUGGUAGUAGUUGUGCGGUAAACAAUGAUAAUACUGCUGUCGCAACGGGUAUUACUGAUUCAACAAAUGAUAAACAAACUUAUAAAUCCUGCAAGAAAAUUACCACCAAUUGUACCGCAAAAGCAUUGGUACCAAAUGAUAAUGUAAAGAGGAGAACAGUGAUUCAGGCAUCUACGUCAGAAUUACUUCGUGGCCUUGGACAAUAUUUAUCAAAGCAAUGCCAUAUUCGACAUUUUGAGCCUGCUCAACUUGUUAUGUGGCUUAGGACCGUUGAUAGGGCACUUCUGCUACAGGGUUGGCAAGAUGUAGCAUUUAUUAAUCCGGCAAAUUUAGUCUUUGUUUAUAUGUUGGUGAAAAGUAUGGUGAGUAAUAAUGAAACGAUAAAAACGGUGGAAGAAUUGCAAUCGGUUGUGCUCACCUGUCUUUAUAUAAGUUAUAGUUAUAUUGGAAAUGAAAUUUCCUAUCCAUUGAAACCGUUUCUUGUUGAUCAGGAUCGCGAUCGUUUCUGGGAUCGAUGUGUCCAAAUAGUAAAUGAACGAAGUGCUGAUAUGUUACGACUUAAUUCAUCAACAACUUAUUUUACUGAAGUAUUUGCUGAAUUAAAACAUUAUGCUUUAGAAUAA